AUGAGGAAUGAACAUUUGGAAGUUAACUAUAUUGACUUGGAGGAGGCAUAUCUAGAUGAUUGGAGAGUCCCCAUCAUUAAGUUCCUGAUGAAUCCAAGCACAAAUGUGAAUAAGAAAAUUCAGCUUGUAGCUCCUCACUACAUUCUAAUGGAUGGAGAAUUGUACAAGAAAAGCAAAGAGGAUGGUCUUCUCCUCAGGUGUUUGGACAAGCUGGAAUCAAUUCAAGUUAUGGGGGAGGUUCAUAACGGGCUAUGUGGAGCCCAUCAAGCCGAAACAAAGAUGAGAUGGCUUCUAAAAAGGUACGGAUAUCAUUGGAGAGGCAUUUUAAAAGACUGUAAUGACUUUACCAAAAGUUGUCAAGCUUGUCAGAAGUAUGGUCCUAUUCAGAGAGUACCAACCAUCAACAUGCAACUUAUGGUAAAGAGUUGGCCAUUUAGAGGGUAG